GUCAGUAGUUCGAGAAGUGCAGCCGCUGUAAGUUAGGUGCGAAUAUCUGGUUGAUAACGAGGAGUUGAGUUUCAUUCAUUCCGGUGGUGAUAGUCCCUCAUCAUCGCCCAAAGCCCAUCAGGAUGCUGUUCAAGCGGUUUCCGUCUCUUCUUCGGGAUCGAUCUUUCGGGCGGCGGAUUGCGAGUGCAGGAUUUGGAACUACGCCCGAAAGAUGCCUGACUAGCGGCCCCCUGCCCGGCGAACCAAAUAAACCUUCAGUUCUCACAGAAAUUCCUGGACCUACAUCAACUCGUUUAUUACAGGAACUCAGUGAUGUCCAGCAAACAGGCUCAGUGCAGCUCUUUGCCGAUUAUGCGAAAUCCAUUGGGAAUUACUUAGUGGACGUAGACGGUAACACGCUGCUUGAUAUAUACAUGCAGAUUUCAUCGAUGCCUCUCGGCUAUAAUCAUCCAGCCAUGUUAGGGGCACUGGCUGAUCCUGCAAAUCAGAUAAUCCUAGCGAACAGGCCAGCACUCGGUGUUUUUCCUGGAAAGGACUGGCCAAACAAAUUGAGGGAUGUGCUGCUUAAGAAGGGGGUCGCUCCGCCAGGGUUGACUCAAAUUACGACCAUGAUGUGUGGAUCAUGUUCCAAUGAAAACGCCUUCAAAAAUAUAUUCCUUUGGUACGCAGCUAAGAAAAGGCACGGAGCACCAUUCACCAAAGAAGAAAUGGAAUCUUGUAUGAUUAACCAGUCCCCAGGGUCACCUCGCUAUUCCAUUUUGUCAUUUAAAGGGGCAUUUCAUGGAAGAACUUUGGGGUCUCUGUCAACGACGCACAGCAAAUACAUUCAUAAGAUUGAUGUACCGGCCUUUGACUGGCCUAUUGCUUCAUUUCCAGAAUACAAGUAUCCCCUCGAACAAAACACCCGAGAAAAUCAGCAGGAAGAUCAGCGCUGCUUGGCUGAGGUUGAGGAUUUGAUUGCAAAGUAUGAUGCACAGAAGAAAAUCCCAGUUGCUGGUAUUAUAAUAGAGCCGAUACAGUCGGAAGGAGGCGAUAAUCACGCAUCCCCAGAAUUCUUUCAGCAGCUCCAACGAAUAGCUAAGAAGCAUGGAAUUGCUUUACUGAUUGACGAGGUUCAGACCGGAGGUGGUCCUACAGGAAAGAUGUGGUGCCAUGAACACUUCAGCCUGGACUCAUCUCCGGAGGUUGUAACUUUUAGCAAAAAAAUGCAAAUGGGCGGUUACUACCAUCUCCCAGAGCUGAAGCCUAAGCAGGCGUAUCAAGUUUUCAACACGUGGAUGGGAGAUCCUGGAAAACUUGUACUUCUUGAAGUAGUCCUAGACGUAAUUAAGAGAGAUAAUCUCUUGGAGAAUGUGUCCCGAGUCGGAGAUUACACAUUGAAGCAUUUGAUGUCCAUAGAAAAUGAAUUCUCUGAUCAAAUCAGUGCGACGCGAGGCCGCGGUACAUUUAUAGCUUUUUCUUGCUCCUCUACAAAACUGCGAGACGAAAUUGUUAAGAAACUGCAUUCCAGAGGUAUUCAAGCCGGGGGAUGCGGCUCGGUGUCGAUUAGGCUGAGGCCAGCACUUACGUUUACGGAGUAUCACGCGGAUAUAUUUUUAGAUGCUCUACGAUCCAUCCUAAAAGGAUAAAUAUAUUAAAGCAAUCAAAAUGUUCUUCAAGAUCCAGCGUCUUCCGUACAACGGUAUAAUUAAUUAUCUGUGAAUUAUGUCUUCCAAAAAUAACGAAUUUAUCAUGUAAAUUU